GGCGAGAGUGAGCGGAUGGCGGAUUCCGCACACGCCAGGCAGCCCGGGAUGCUUUCUUUUUCAUCCUCUUCUGGCCGCAGGGAUGGCUCUGCUCCAGAGAAGAGUGAGGAGAAGCCUAAGAAAAGGGCUUUCUAUCUCGUGAGGAUGAAGCCGCUGAAGGAGCCGAUUACCACUGCCAACAACAACAACGUGUCUUUUGUGAUCCACUGUCACAUAGGCAAGGAGAUCAAACACAUAUGCAGCAACUGCAGUCGCGGGGAAGAAACCCGUGACGCUGAAGAAGUGGAGAGACUGGCUGCAAUGCGCUCGGACUCGCUGGUUCCAGGGACGCACACCCCUCCGAUCAGGAGGAGAAGCAAGUUUGCUACUCUAGGAAGACUUUUCAAGCCAUGGAAAUGGAGGAAGAAGAAGAGUGAGAAGUUCAAGCACACAUCAGCAGCACUUGAAAGAAAAAUAUCAAUGCGGCAAAGCAGAGAGGAGCUUAUCAAGAGAGGAGUGUUGAAGGAAAUUUUUGAUAAAGAUGGGGAACUUCCCAUACAAAACGAAGAAGGAUCACUGGAGAAUGGGCAGGCUUUGAGUUCCAGCCAGGCUUCGCUCCCAACCCUCUCUGAAUUGGAGCCAUGUUCUGCAUCUGGGGAUUCCUGUCCAUAUGAAGUACUCCCAACUCCAGAGAUCAUGGAUGGAACAGUGUCUGAAGAGAGCCCCACGUCCAGUGGAUCUGGAGUCCACCUAUCUCAAGACCCUUCAUCUAAACCAGUCUUGCUACUUCCCCCUAAAAAAACUGCUGCUUUCUCUGGAGACCAUGAGGACACCCCAGGGAAACAGCUCUCCCUCCUCAAACAGCCCCCUGCCCUGCCUCCUAAACCCAUGGCCAGGAUUGCCAACCACUUAGCUGAUCCUGGUGCUCCUGUGAAACUGCCUUGUAUGCCAGUCAAACUGUCGCCUCCGCUACCUCCAAAGAAAGUCAUGAUUUGCAUGCCUUUAGGGGGACCAGACCACUCCCUCACCUCCUAUUCCACACAGAAGAGCUCCCAGCAAUCGUUGGCUUCACAUCACCACACGGUCCUACCAUCCCAGUUAGCGCACCAGCAUCAGUACGGCAGCCACAGCCCACACUUGCCUUCCGGAUCCAGCACGUUACCCAUUCACCCUUCGGGGUGUCGCAUGAUCGAGGAGUUGAAUAAGACACUGGCCAUGACUAUGCAGAGGCUAGAAAGCUCUGGUUUACACGGGGGUGACAGUGUCACAAAAACCGGACCCGGGGGCCUUUCGGACAUGAGACAAGUGCCAACUGUUGUGAUCGAAUGCGAUGACAAUAAAGAAAAUGUGCCUCAUGAAUCUGACUAUGAAGAUUCUUCAUGCCUCUACGCACGAGAAGAUGAGGAUGAGGAUGAAGAGGAAGAUGAGGACAGCUCAUUAUUUACAAGUUCCCUGGCAAUGAAGGUCUGCAGGAAAGAUUCUUUAGCCAUCAAACUGAGCAACAGGCCAUCCAAACGAGAACUGGAGGAAAAGAACAUCCUCCCCAUGCAAACCGACGAGGAGAGGCUUGAGCUGAGGCAGCAAAUUGGGACAAAGCUGACAAGGCGAUUGAGCCAGAGGCCGACUGCUGAAGAAUUGGAGCAGAGGAACAUCCUUAAACCUCGCAAUGAGCAAGAGGAGCAGGAAGAAAAACGGGAGAUAAAGAGAAGAUUAACACGCAAGCUAAGUCAAAGGCCUACAGUGGAAGAGCUGCGGGAACGGAAAAUUCUCAUCCGCUUUAGCGAUUACGUGGAAGUGGCAGAUGCUCAGGACUAUGACAGACGGGCAGAUAAACCAUGGACGCGGCUCACGGCUGCUGACAAAGCAGCAAUACGCAAAGAGCUCAAUGAAUUUAAAAGCACUGAAAUGGAAGUUCAUGAAUUAAGCAGGCAUUUAACAAGGUUUCACAGACCAUAGAAACGGAGUACUCCGCCAUCUUCAAAACGUAACUGAAAAGAACCAUAAGUGCUGGUAUCGUUCACUUCUCUGUUACGUACAAUGUAAAUCUUCUGAACUGCCUUUUUAAAAUCAAUAAAGACAUGAAGGAAAACAAUGUUUUCCUACACUGGGUAGAACGACAUCAUGAAACCUGUUGGCACAACAUUCAGCAACUGAGCCACCCGGGGCAAGAAUCAUGCCAGGAAUUGGCACUUAUAUUUAAAACUCUGCUGUGUGGGUUCCCCUCUACUCAUCCAAGACCAGCCAUUCAUGCAUACGGUCUUUCUUCAGUCCCCUGCUAAUCCCUUCAAGCAUCUCUUGUCUGACUCCAAAGAAAGCUGCGGCCUUUGGUGUUGACUUGGGCAUAAACAUGCUGGACAAAAGCUCCAAUGAGGACUACCAUUCUUCUGGCUCCACACUUCUACCAACACACUUCUUCCUGUUUAAGAGCACCUUAGAAAGAGGAUGGUGGGGGGAACGAAGA